UGACUUAUUUAUCAAACAAUAGAUUUCAGCAGCGUGGCAAGAAAUUUGCAUAAACCAUUAGAGUUCAAGCUCAGGUACGAUCACGGUGUACAGUACAACAACAGCUAAAGUGGCUUUUGUACCCAAACUGUGCAAUGUCGUCGUUUAGAAUAGAAGAACUGAUAGCUUUGAAGCGCGAUGGUUUUGAUCUAACAGCUGAACAGAUUAAGCAUUUUGUGGAAAGAGUUGUCGCCAAAGAUAUCGGCGACUCGCAAAUAGGAGCCAUGUUAAUGGCAAUGUUUUUACGCGGUUUAAACUCAGAGGAGACCGUCCAUUUGACACGAGCGAUGAUAGACACAGGCGAGCUAUUAAAGUGGCCGGAGGAAUGGAAAGGCUCGAUUGGGGACAAGCAUUCUACUGGCGGAGUUGGGGACAAGGUGAGUCUGCCGCUAGCGCCAGCCCUGGCAGUGUGUGGAGUCAAAGUCCCAAUGAUUUCGGGUCGUGGAUUGGGCCAUACAGGUGGCACCCUAGACAAACUGGAGUCUAUUCCUGGUUAUCGCUUUGGCUUGUCCCCCGUGGAAAUGAAAAAGUCGCUGACCGAUGUCGGCUGCUGUAUCGCGGGCCAAACGGACACGCUAGCACCAGCUGACCGAGUGCUUUACAGCCUGCGAGAUAUUACGGGAACCGUGGCGUCCAACCCUCUCAUCGCUAGCUCAAUCAUGUCCAAGAAAGCUUCAGAAAACCUCGACGCGCUUGUCCUUGAUGUAAAGUGUGGUCGCGCCGCGUUCACGGCCAAGACCCCGGAACUAGCGCGCAUAUUCGCGGUCACGCUGUACAAAACGUGCGCGGGCCUAGGAAUCAAAUGCGCCGCCCUAAUAACUAACAUGGACCACCCCAUUGGUCUUACCGUGGGGAACUCGGUCGAGGUGGCUGAGUCGGUGCGAUGCCUGAACGGUCAAGGGCCGGAGGAUCUGCAGGAGUUAGUCUGCGCACAAGGUGGUCAUCUGCUCAAAGCCCUGAACAAAGUUGACUCAGCCGAGGAAGGAUUCAACAAGAUUAAGACCUCCCUUCACAACGGCACAGCCCUCAGAAAAUUCCAAGAGAUGCUAUCCGCACACGGGGUUAGCCCAGACACGGCCAACGCCCUUUGCACCCCUGGAGCUGAUCCUUAUGUAGUAUUACCCCUAGCCCCUCAGAAAACAGAACUUCGGGCUAACAAACCGGGAAUCGUUAGGGAUAUCAAUGCAAUGGCGUGCGCGUCAGUGUGCGGAAGACUGGGAGCAGGCAGGCAGAAGAGUACAGAUGCGGUGGACCAUAGUGUUGGGUUGAUACUUCAUGUAAGGGUUGGGCAGUAUGUUCAUAAGGGAGAUGUGUGGGUUUGUGUACAUCAUAAGGGGAACCUUGACAAGGAGGGCAUCGAAUGCUUGGAAAAGGCGAUCAUGAUCGUUGAGAGCGAGAAGACGGAAAGCUUACCAGUAGAGUCGAGAAUUAUUGAGGUCAUCGACUCUUUAAGUGUUCGAAAGAGCAGCCUCUUUACUAGCCAGUAGUAAAUUUUACCAAUUAAUGCUCGAGGUAUGGAUCAAAGUAGUAUUUCUUGUAUCUUGAAGGAGCACAGAAAAAAGAAAUCGAAUACUAUCCAUGCCCCUAUUCCAGCAUGGGACAGACUCAAUUCCUCCCCUGCCCCAUACACUAGGCAAAACUCAGCUGUAGCCCAGUCUCGAUAUACGCGCCAGUUCAAAAAAGACAAAAGUCAAGGCUCUCUCGUAAGUCUGAUACAUUCACUGUAGAUUUAAAAGAGCCUCGACUUUAAGUAAUCGUUUUUAGGCAUUGUUGGGCAAGUAUAUCGAACCAGGGCUAUUGAUAGGGAGGCAGCCCAGCACUUGGCACUCUUACCGGGUUUCCUAAGCGCAUUUGUGCUGUAUGUGAAUCAUGAGAGAGCAGUUGAAACUAAGACAAGCUUUCUUGCCUGAUCAGAUGGCCAAGGACUAAGCCCAUAUAUUUAAGGCUAAAAACAUCUGGUUUAAAUACUAGGAUAACUUGUCAUAUUUCCAAAGGUCUUCUAAUGUUUAUUCAUUUAGUGUUUUGUAAAAAAAUCGUCUCUAGUUGUCUGAUGUAACAAAUAUUUUGAUGGAUUAAAUGAUGAAGACCCAAAA